GAUUGGCUUGUCUGGUCGAGUCUAGCCUCGAUCCACUCACUCUUUUUGAAGCUAAAAACACGGCGUGAGAGGCGUGCUGAUGACAGAGAUACCGUAACUGCAAGGUUUCGGCUGGGCUGAGCGUCUCUUUCAGCAGCUCACACAGUUCUGCCAUAUUGGCACCGAGUUGUACACUCCUGAUACAAUCAGCUGGAGUUAGCAGCUGAGAUGAUCCACAGUCUGUUCCUAAUUAAUCACACGGGGGACAUCUUCCUGGAGAAACACUGGAAGAGUGUCAUCAGCCGGAGUGUGUGUGACUACUUCUUCGAGGCGAAGGAGAAGGCGGUGGACCCGGAGAAUGUGCCCCCGGUCCUGCAGACCCCACACCACUAUCUCAUCACCAUAUACAGGGGCAAGCUCUUCUUCCUCUCCGUCAUCCAGACUGAGGUCCCCCCGCUGUUUGUCAUCGAGUUCCUGCACAGAGUGGCAGACACAUUUCAGGACUACUUUGGAGAAUGCUCAGAAGUAAUUAUCAAGGACAACGUGGUGACAGUGUACGAGCUGUUGGAGGAGAUGCUGGACAAUGGCUUUCCACUGGCAACAGAGUCCAAUGUCCUCAAGGAGAUGAUCAGGCCUCCCACCAUCCUGCGAUCAGUUGUCAAUACACUUACAGGAAGCAGUAAUGUUGGAGAUACGUUGCCAACAGGUCAAUUAUCCAACAUCCCGUGGAGGCGGGCUGGUGUUAAAUACACCAAUAAUGAGGCAUAUUUUGAUGUGAUAGAGGAAAUAGAUGCCAUUCUGGACAAAUCGGGCACAACAGUAUUUGCAGAGAUCCAGGGUGUGAUUGAAGCCUGCGUGAGGCUCACUGGGAUGCCUGACCUGACUCUGUCCUUUAUGAAUCCUCGUCUUCUCGAUGACGUGAGUUUCCACCCGUGUGUGCGGUUUAAGCGCUGGGAGUCGGAGCGUGUCCUCUCUUUCAUCCCGCCAGAUGGAAACUUCACACUGAUGACCUAUCAUGUUAGCUCUCAAAAUCUCGUAGCCAUUCCAGUGUACGUGAAGCAGAACAUCAGUUUCUUUGAGACGGGAAAUUGUGGUCGCCUGGACAUAACGAUCGGACCCAAGCAAACCAUGGGGAAGACGGUGGAGGGCUUGAUGGUCACUGUCCACAUGCCUAAAGCUGUGCUCAGCACCAACCUCACAGCCUCACAGGGAAACUACACCUACGACCUCGCAACCAAGGUGCUGGUUUGGGACGUUGGAAAACUGAACCCCCAGAAGCUUCCUAACCUGCGAGGCAGUCUGAGCAUGCAGGCGGGAGCCCCCAAACCUGAAGAGAACCCCUCACUCAACAUUGACCUAAAGAUACAGCAGCUGGCCAUAUCAGGUCUCAAGGUGAGUCGUCUUGACAUGUACGGAGAGAAGUACAAGCCAUUUAAAGGGGUCAAGUAUGUGACUAAAGCGGGGAAAUUCCAAGUGCGAACCUAAGUGAUGACUGUCAGAGGCCAAAGGUCAACAAUCCAAUGUGCCAAAUAGGGGGCAAAGUUACCACACUGCUGAGUCAGCUCUCCAAUAAGUCUUACAUAUGCUCAUGGCUCAUUGUUAGAAUGCAAAAUCGUUCAUUAAUAACAGUUAUUUAUUAUGUGUUUGGCAUUACAUAUAUGUAUGACUGGAUGAUAUGUUUGGCCUGUAAAGGGAUGCCUUAAUAAUCAAUGUGACCUUUUUGAAGUGCUAUUAGUUUCUACCCAGUUUAAUUGUGCUGCAUUGUAUGAAUCAUUCCUCUAUCUUUUUGGACUAUUCUUUUUUAUUUUUUUCUGUUUCUUUUCUGUUUUUGUCUAACACCUUCUGAGUGUUGCCUAAGGGGAAUAUUUCAGGUUGAAAAGGGACACUCUCAGCUCACUGCCUUGCUUGUCACUACUUCAACUCACCUAUACAAUCUUACUUGCAUGUUGCCUGAAAGUAAGCAGCCAUGCCUUUGAAAACCAUUUUACAUAAUAUAAGGUAGCCAGUUUUAUACUUACACACACAUAUGUGUAUAUAUAUAUGUGUUUAUUUUUGAAAAAUCUAAUGUAGUAUCUACUUUCUGAGUAGCUGCAGUGUGUCUUAAGGCACUGUCUUUAGUGCAGGUAUUUUUGCACACAUUCACUCUUCAAUGUGGCCUUGUAAGAGUAGGUUUAAGUGCUUUGUGAAGCACACACUACAGAACAAACCACAUGUUUUCUAGGCCUGAGGGAAGUACAUCUUAAAUUUAUCUUAUAUCUAAGGUACAUAUUUUGACUUAGGAAGGGAGCACAACAAUCUUCAGGGCCUAGAAAUGACCUACUGAUUCACACAGUCUGUUGGGAACAGUUGUAUAAAAAGCACUCAAAUCUAUAAGAUCCUCUUCACAAUCUUGAAUGCAACUUCUUUACUCAGCACAGCAUUUGCACAAUCUAUUGUCCAUGUGGAAAAUACUACUUAAAGCUCUGGUAUGAAGUUGAAUCUGUAUUUUAGUGUAUAAGAUGUCUUAUAAAAGCUUUAAAAUGA